AUGCCUCCCAAGAAGGACAAGAAGGACGACAAGGACGGUAAAAAGCGUGUAACGAGAGCCGGUUCAGCAAAAGCUGCAAAGGAGAAGGCUGACGCUGCCGACGGAGCUGCUGUCAAGGAUGGUGGCAAGAAGACUGCAGCGAAGCCAGCCAAGCCAACUACUCCUACUAAACCGACUACCCCUGCAAAGAAAGCUACUCCAGUAACAGGUGCCAAACGAAAGCGUGCCGAUGAAGAAGACGAAGAAGACGACUCGCCACCAAGAACCAGAAAUCCAAAGAAACCAAAGCUCUCACCCAAGACCGCUCGGAGAGUAAAGCUGGAGUCGUAUCUGGAGGACAGAAUCAAAGACCUGGGAUUCAAAGUCGAACCUUCCAAGCACCAUGAGUCUGACGACGAGGAUGAAGACGAGCCUGAUGAGGAAUGGGCCUCCAUGCAACGUCUGCGCCAACGCUGUGACGAUCGUCUUGACGACAUUGAAGAGGCUAUCCGUACCAUUGGUCGUGGUCAUGAAUUCUAUUCGAAUCUUGACAUCCCGGAGCGCAAGAGUGAUGAGACGCGUCACGAAAAGCGACAAAAGGAUAAGGAAAUCCAAGACGAUCAAGAAAUUAAUCCAAUCGCAGAAAAGAAGCGUGUGAAGAUAUCUAAGAACUUUCCCGACGGCAGAAAGUAUCGAUCAGCAAAGCAACUGGGAGAUCUAGUAAAGCAACUAGAGAGACAACUCGGGGAUGAGUUAAAGAAUAGAAAGGUUCAGCACACCCACGACGUGAGUCUCGCUAAGUAUCCAUCCAAACGUGUCAGAAAGGCAAAAGAGGCAGCAAAAGCCAGAGGAGAGUCACCAAAGUUAACCAGAACUCUCGAUAAACAGUGGGAUAAACACGGCCUCACCCUUCGAGAGCUGCUCGAUCUAUAUAAUCGUCAAGGCGAGCAGACCCCAGCUCCUGUCCGUGACGACCUUGUCAAGAAAUGCCAAAAGUACGGACUUAGCACUCUUGCAAACAAACAACGCAUGUAUGGAUUGUCGCAGGAAGCCAUCAACAAAGUUAUAUCUGCUCUUAGCGAUAUUAAGGCUCCAGUUGACUCCGAUGAAGACGACGACGGUGGUGACGAUAGUGACGACGCUGCCGGUCCGUACGCUGACAUUAAUACUGGCGGCAAAGGAAAGGAUCAGUCAAAAGAUGGCAAGAAAGAUGCUAGUGCCUCGCUAAAGGGUAGUAAGAAGGGCGGUAAAGGCGCCGAAGCCUUACCUAAAGGACCAGGGCACAGGGAUCCAUCAUCAGGAUUGGACAUAGCUGCACCAGCACUCACCCGCCUCGCCAUAGGAGACGAGAACAACACGGAUCUCCGAGUCAAGGAAAAGCAUGAUACUCCCGAGGAUGGGCAUGUCGCAGACACAACAGAGGUCGCCGAAGAGGUAGAAGACGAUGAGGACGACGAAGACCCUAAGGAUGACGAAGAAGAAGACGAAGUUGACGGAGACGGUGGUCCACCGCCUCCUCCAGCUUCUGGAGCCGCUGUCACCGCUGCUUCAACUGCUGCUGCUAGAAGAUCAUCAUCAACAAGAUCACACCCAUCCCGCAAAUCAUCCGCACAGGCAUCUCCGGGUCAUGGUUCUCGUAGCUCGUCGACAUCCCAGAAGCGAGCAAGAAGACGAACACAAUCCAAGUCGAGAAGCAAAUCGCGCAACACAUCCCAACCCAGAGGUGUGCAGAAGAAUGUUCAUACACCUCAACCAUUGAGCAAGAAAGCACUGAAGAAGAAUCACAAGGUCCUUCGCAAGAUCUUUCACAGCUUCUACGUUGCAAUGCCUAGUCCUCAGAAUAUGGGAGGUGCCAUACAAUCCCCUUACCUGCGUUCAGUCGUCUCCGGUGCAUAG